AUGGUGAAGCAGAGGCGCGUCAGAGCGCACUCCUGUUGCGCAGCAGUCGCGCCUUUUUGCUGCAGAAGAGGAUCACUGAAGACUCUCACAGAGCCGGCCAUCUUUGCCAGGGAGACCAGCUGUGAUUGUCGCGCCCCUCACGAGAAACUGACCAUUGCACAGGCUCGCAGAGGCACCCCAGUUGACCGGCCAGUCAGAGUCUACGCCGAUGGCAUCUUUGACCUCUUCCACUCCGGACAUGCUCGUGCUCUCAUGCAGGCCAAGAACCUCUUUCCCAACACCUACCUCAUAGUAGGAGUGUGCAGCGAUGAGCUGACCCAUAAGUACAAAGGUUUCACAGUCAUGACAGAGCAGGAACGUUACGAAGCGUUGAGACACUGCCGCUACGUCGAUGAGGUUUUGAGAGACGCACCCUGGACUCUAACGCCAGAGUUCCUUGAAAAACACAAGAUCGACUUUGUGGCUCAUGAUGAUAUCCCAUACUCCUCAGCAGGAAGUGAGGACGUUUAUAAACACAUCAAGGAGGCAGGGAUGUUUGUGCCCACACAAAGGACAGAGGGAAUCUCAACUUCUGACUUGAUAACCAGAAUUGUCAGAGACUAUGACGUCUACGCCCGACGCAACCUUCAACGUGGCUACACGGCCAAGGAGCUAAACGUCAGCUACAUCAACGAGAAGAAGUACCGGCUACAGAACCAGGUGGAUCGCAUGAAGGAGAAAGUUCGCACGGUUGAGGAAAAGAGCAAACAUUUUGUUUAUCGCGUGGAGGAGAAGAGUCACGACCUCAUUCAGAAAUGGGAAGAGAAGUCCAGAGAAUUUAUUGGGAACUUUCUAGAACUUUUUGGACCAGAUGGGACAUGGAAACAAGUGUUUCAGGAACGCAGUGGUCGAAUGCUGUCCUACGCUCUUUCUCCCAGAGAGUCGCCCUGCAAUAGUCCUCCCCGCGAACUGUCCCCCCUGCGCUCGCCCUCUCCCCCGUCUCCCCCCGCCCGCUGGCACAAUGCACGGCCCUCCCCCCCGACCUCCCCCAAAGGAGCAUCUGCCUCCAUGAGCAGCAUGAGUGAAGGCGAUGAAGAUGAGAAGUAG